UGUUCAUAGUAAAGAGUAAGGUGGGAAGUUACCAGUGUGUGGGCUCGAGUAUGGAGACUGCAUAUAAAUACUCGCUAGUUUCCCUCAUUCUUGUCUGAACUCUUUCUGGGUCUCUAUUUUCUUUUGGGGAAAAGCUAUUUCUCUAUUAUCAUCUCACUAUCUCGCUGGAAAAAGAAUUCAAAGCCGAAAAUGUCUUCUCCAAGCAAACGCCGGGAGAUGGAUUUGAUGAAACUGAUGAUGAGUGAUUACAAGGUGGAGAUGGUCAAUGAUGGCAUGCAAGAGUUUUAUGUGGAAUUCAACGGACCAAAAGACAGUCCUUAUCAGGGAGGGGUGUGGAGGAUAAGAGUAGAACUGCCUGAUGCAUAUCCUUAUAAAUCUCCAUCAAUUGGCUUUGUCAACAAGAUCUAUCACCCAAAUGUUGAUGAAAUGUCAGGUUCAGUUUGUUUAGAUGUUAUCAACCAAACUUGGAGCCCCAUGUUUGGUAAAAUGACUGCAUCAUUUUUUUCUGCAUAUAGUUUAUGCGCUUCAUAUCUGGUAAAUGUAUUUGAAGUUUUCCUUCCUCAGCUUCUUUUGUAUCCUAAUCCAUCUGAUCCAUUGAAUGGAGAAGCUGCUGCUCUCAUGAUGCGUGAUCGCUCCGCUUAUGAACAAAGAGUGAAAGAAUACUGUGAGAAAUAUGCAAAACCAGAGGAUGUUGGGGCCAAACAGGAAGAAAAAUCAAGUGAUGAGGAGCUGAGUGAUGAUGAAUAUGGCUCCGAGGAUGAGCAAGUUGCUGGCAAAGCUGAUCCUUAAUUGCUUGUAUGCUUGCAAUCCAGUUGUCUGUACAUGAUAUUCAGAUUGUGGAAAAUGAGACCCUGAAAAAACUGAAGGCUCUUGGAAAAAUUCCUGGCCCUUCUUUCUUUUAUUUUCCAGGGAUGUUCUGUAAAUUAUUCAACUCAGGAUGAACGCCUUCAAUAUUCAUUUACCGUUGGGACUAA